UGCUUGAUAUAUGACGUGUAGAGAACCUGCAAGAUGGCGGACACCGGCAUGGCUGUGAAAACAGACAUUCGUUCUGCCAUGUGGAACCCCGGUGGCUGGAAAAGUCUCCUCACUUUCUUCAUCCUUGCACUUGCCUGGCUUGGUGGUUUUAGCUCUAGACUGUUCGCUGUCAUUCGAUUUGAGAGCAUUAUCCACGAAUUCGACCCCUGGUUCAACUAUCGUUCAACCCACUACAUGGUGACAAAUGGAUUCUAUAACUUCCUCAACUGGUUUGAUGACAGAGCGUGGUACCCACUGGGCCGUAUUGUCGGAGGAACGGUGUAUCCCGGGCUGAUGGUGACGUCAGGCUCCAUAUACUGGGUCCUCAAUGCUCUCAACAUCCCAGUCCACAUCCGGGAUAUAUGUGUGUUCCUAGCUCCGAUAUUUAGUGGCCUUACUGCACUUGCUGUGUAUUUCUUCACCAAGGAAGUCUGGAAUGCUGGGGCUGGGCUGUUUGCUGCCUGCUUCAUUGCCAUUGUCCCUGGUUACAUAAGCCGGUCAGUGGCGGGGAGUUACGAUAACGAGGGCAUUGCCAUUUUUGCCCUCAUGUUUACGUAUUUCUUAUGGAUUAAAGCCGUUAAAACAGGAACGUUAUUCUGGGCCAUUUGCACAGCAGUGUCUUAUUUUUAUAUGGUGUCAGCAUGGGGCGGUUAUGUUUUUAUAAUCAACCUCAUCCCGCUCCAUGUCUUCGUGCUGCUCCUGAUGGGGCGGUACUCUACAAGAAUAUACACAGCAUAUUCCAGUUUUUUUAUUGUGGGUCUCAUCCUGUCCAUGCAAGUCCCGUUUGUUGGCUUCCAGCCAAUCAGAACCAGCGAGCACAUGGCAGCAGCAGGUGUGUUUGUGUUGCUCAAUGCCUACUCCUGCAUCCGGUACCUGCAGACUAUGAUGACCAAGUCUGAGUUCAAGUACUUCUUUUUGUUUGCGGCGACAACUGCCGCAGGCCUGGUGUUCGUGGGGGUCGUAGGACUUACCUGGGCAGGUUAUAUAGCUCCUUGGAGUGGACGGUUCUACUCACUAUGGGACACUGGUUAUGCCAAAAUUCACAUUCCUAUAAUUGCAUCUGUGUCGGAGCAUCAGCCUACGACGUGGGUGUCUUUCUUCUUUGAUCUCCACAUCCUGGUGUGCGCCUUCCCGGCAGGGGUGUGGUACUGCAUCAAAAACAUCAAUGAUGAGAGAGUGUUUGUGGUGUUAUACGCAAUAUUUGCCAGCUACUUCGCUGGCGUGAUGGUGCGGUUGAUGCUCACGCUCACCCCUAUCGUGUGCGUCCUUGCAGCUAUUGCAUUCUCUAAAACAUUUGAGAUCUACUUGAAAGACGACACUCCCAAGUCCCACAGAUCCACGUCCGAGGAGAACCAGGAGAACAAGAAUGACCGGCUGUACGACAAGGUCGGUAAGACUAAGAAGGUGAAGGAGGACAAGCCCAAGGAUGAAGAGUCUGUCGGCAUGAACAUCAAGAGUGUCAUCGUCAUCGCGAUGUUGAUGAUGCUGAUGUUAUUUGCUGUCCACUGUACGUGGGUGACCAGCAGUGCCUACUCCAGCCCCAGCAUUGUGUUAGCAUCAUAUGGACAAGGAGGGAGCCGCACAAUUCUGGAUGAUUUCCGUGAAGCGUACUACUGGCUACGUCAGAACACACACGAUAAGGCUCGGGUGAUGUCCUGGUGGGACUACGGCUACCAGAUAGCAGGCAUGGGGAACAGAACCACGUUAGUGGAUAACAACACAUGGAAUAAUAGUCACAUAGCCUUGGUGGGCAAAGCUAUGUCGUCAAAUGAAACCGCUGCCUAUGACAUCAUGCGUAGUCUGGAUGUGGAUUAUGUGCUUGUCAUUUUUGGUGGAGUCAUCGGUUACUCUGGGGACGAUAUCAACAAGUUCUUGUGGAUGGUCAGGAUCGCAGAAGGAGAGCAUCCCAAAGACAUAAGGGAGUCGGACUACUUCACGCCGCAAGGAGAGUUCCGCGUGGACUCGGCCGGCUCUGCGACACUGCUCAACUGUCUCAUGUACAAGUUGUCCUACUACAGAUUCGGACAGCUGCAGCUGGACUUCCGGACCCCUGCAGGAUUUGACCGGACCCGUGGCGUUGAGAUCGGGAACAAGGAGUUUGACCUGACCCACCUGGAGGAGGCGUACACUACGGAGCACUGGCUGGUGCGCAUCUACAAGGUCAAGGACUUGAACAACAGGGAAAUUGUCAAGAAACCACACAUACCUGUGAAGAAGACUGCACGCAAGAAGAAUAGGAAAACAAAUAAGAAAAGACCUGGAUCAAUCAAGUACAAGCCCAUUGUGAAAAAAGGCGUGAAGAAAUCCAAGAAAACAUAACUCUUCUGUUGUCUGCAGGGAGUCCAUGUGGGUUAUCUCCCCCUAUUAUGAGGGUCAAACACCACUAACGGAUCAGUUUGUCAUUAUCAGUGGUGAAGAUAAUGUUAUGAUUGUCAGUAUGGGUGUAUUAUAUGAAUGUGUGUGUAUAUGAUGGGUGAGUGGUCUCCCUUUGGAGAAUAUUGCUCCAGAGUAACCUCCCUUUACAUGGAUCAUUGUUACAGUGGCCAGAUAUCGAGAGAGAUAUUCUGGACCUGAGAUUUAGUUGUGGUUGUUGAGAUGUGAAAGUGCUAAGCUUAUGUCCAAUAGCAGUUUGAUUGUAAAGGAGACCAACUCCUAUGUACAUUGUCAUGUAGUCCUCUGUGUUAAAAUUUGUGGCAUUGAAAACAGUUAAAACAAAUUUUAGGACCCAAUUUUAUGAAUUUUACAGUAGUUUCCUGGUAAGAUAGAUGAUAUUUUUUUGUGAAUUCUCUGCCAAUGGUGCUGAUAUCUAUUCAUCUUUCAUUCUAGUUUAAUAACAAAAUGUAACCAGCACACACACAUCCUAACCUGACCAUGUAUCUCAAAGCCUCAUGCUGCCUGCUGUUGUCUAGAAAAUCAUCCCGAUCAUGUCCAGUGCAGUCUGUCCCUCAUCAGUGCUUCGGCAUGGUGUCAUAUUCAUGUCUCCUAGGGCUGGGACGAAGCUAAAUUUAUUACCCGGGUACCCACCCCACUAUUACCUGACCCUAUGCGGGUACCCACUGUAGGUCUCAAGAGACAGGUACAAAAUGUCUUAUUGGGUAUAGUUGAAUGAGCCCAGGACCAAAUGUAUUUAGAUAAACGUAUAAAAUGAUCUGGUCAUGCAUACACUGAAGUUGACUGAAGUUUUGUUUAUAUUCCAACAUAAAAGUCAGAAAUAAUGGGUGCAUAGUCAGAGAGAAAUGCAAACAUUAGUCACUUGUAGUGUAACCAUAUAGUUCUAGAUAAUUUUUGACAUUAAAACAAUAUAUCACGUGACUAACCAGGGGUCAGGGUAGUCCUGUGGAAACCCGGGUUCCUGAGUUCCUGAGUUUACCGUCCCAGCCCUAUAUCCUAUGCCUUGAGUUGUAAUCCAAUGACUUCACCCACAGAGCAAUAACACUAUACAUGGUAUUGGGGCUUAUUCAAGACUGUCAGCAUGGUUUGAUGUAUCUGUGAAACUUUCAUGUUUCCUUUGACGUGACAUUUUCAAAUCUGAUAUUUACAUUCUAUUUCAUAAUUCAAGGUAUUUCUAUCUCUGCAACACUGUAAGCCGUGUUUGAAACUCAAUGAUCAAUCUGGUGGAGCCGUAUCUGGUGACGUGGGAAAAAACAUUUUACUUAAAUUUAUUUUUUGAGGUCAGUACAGACCUUUUGUGAUGGCAAUUGUAUGAAGCUUGAACCUAACAAUAACCCUUGUAACUUGAAUUAAUUUCCACCAAGUCAAAAAUACCUGGUUGUGCCAUUGAUGCAACAUUUGAGCUAAAACAAUGCACUAUCUGUUGACUUGUCCCACCCCCAUUCACACUAGGGCUGGGUAUCGCCGCCUUGUAUCUUGCGGUAUGAUUCGUAUCACAAUUGACGAUACUACUGGUAUCACGAUACACCACAUCAAAUAGUAAGAAAUGAAGUCAUUAAAAAAUACAGCUCUAAAACAUCUUUCUUCAUACAUUUAUUUAUUGUUAUCUCAAAAACUUUCACAAAGAAAACCACAAGAAGAAAACAGUUUAAAAUGAAGGGAUGGUUAUUAAAUGUAACAGUUAGUUGGCGUUUCCUCAGCUACCAUGACCUCAUGUUCUACCAUGUUUACAGGUGGCGCUGUGCUACUUCUGCUAUUAUGGGAGAUAACUCUAUUAGUUCCUGCGUUCUCUUUAUGGUGUAUCGCGAUCUCACAAACUGACGAUUCAAGUAUCGCGAGUAACUUAGUAUCGGUGAAUUGUUACAGCCCUAAUGAACACAGUGUUGACAUUCAACUUACCAACUUUAGGCUUAAAAAUAUAGAAGAAAUGGUUCUCAGGCAAUGACUUAAUAUAUUGGUGCGUGCGGUGUUUUUUUGGGGUUCCAACUGGGAAAGGGCCUAACUACAUAAACAAGCAUACAAACUCCCAUUGCCGCCAUGACCAUAACAGAGAUGCUCAGUAAAGCACUGCACAUGUAAAGGGAAGUAACUGUGUGCUAUAUGGGAUCUCUUUGUUUUUAAGAUAUGAUUUUUUGAUUUUUUUAGAAGAUGGAAAUGUAAACGAAACGUGCAGUGGACUUUUUGAUGAUGUGGGCUGUACCUGAGAACCAAGACUAUUAUUUUUUUUAGCCUUACACCUGCAUUUUCCACUCUGUACUUGUCAAGGAGGUGAUGUUUUUGUUGUCAUUAUUGGUGUGCAAUAAUUACAUUGAAAUAUUGAACUGAUAUUUCAUCUCAAAUUGCAUUUGGAUGGAAGUAAGAACUUAGAUACUGGCGACAUUCCGUACAUGCUUAUGACAUGUUAAAUAAAUUUGAAAUGUGUUCCAUGCAGGAGGAAGUUGAGCCUCCCCAUGAUAUAACUGAAAUACCUACACCAAUAUACAGUAAUGCAGCUAUUGUGAAUAUGGAAGAGCAAAUAAUGUUUGUGUUCAUGGAUUCUGUUUACUCUCACAAGGUGUUAUUUAUUGGCUUUCUUACGGUACCUGGCUGAAGCACUGAUUUCACCCAAGACACUAAUUACACCUAAUUCAUGGAUGUCAACUUCGUUAUUGUGACAUCCAUAAAUUCUCUUCCAUAUGGAUAUCACUUCUAAAUGCCAUUCGAAGACUAAUCACACCAUUACUAGACACAUGCCUAUUGGGCAGUCUAAAGUCUGCCAGCUCCAUUGAAAAGUUCUUCCAAAUCCAGUCAGUUAUGACUCCUUGUCAUGGUAGCCACAAAUCUCAGGUUGGCAAAUAGGUUCUUCUGCAGGCAGUUUGAUUUUUUCUUGUGAAUGUUUUUUUUAUUGUGUUAAAAACUUUUUUUCAAUAUGUUGGUGUCCUAUAGGCAGAAUAGAUGGACAAGCUCGAUCUGUAUGUUUCACAGGAAGUAGUCACCUUGUGGUUUCUUUGUGUUUAUAUACUACUCAAAUUUGCUAAGGGUCACUAUUUGGAUCUUUAGCAAAUGUUGUGUAGUGUAUGUAGCACAAGACCAUAUCGGUAACAGACUUAUUACCGCUAAAAUCAGACUUACUAAGUUAUGGGAUGUGUGUUGAAAUCAACUUCUAACUAUGGUCAAGCAUUUGGUUUCUUAAUUUUUUCAUUUCUGUAAAAAUCAUUCCAUAAAAUCCAUACUUAGAACCUCAUUGAACCUUCAUCCUUCACCAGGGUAGAUUCAGUUGAAACUUGCACUCCUAAAGUCAAGUUAUGUCCGCAUGGUGAGCACAAACCCUGAUCAACAUGGAUACAGGAAUCUAGUUUUAAUACUGUUGUUGCUCACACCCUGACAACCUGAAAAGUGUUGAGUCCUCAUGGUGUCAUAAGUGGGCGCAGGUGGCCCAGUAGUCUAAGGCGCUGCAAUUUCGCUGUGCAGAGUUGUCCCUUGGGCACGCCAGAAACCUAUGAUUGUUGGUUCGAAUCUCGGUUCGCCUCGAUUAUGUUUCUAGGUUUGUCAGCACCAUACCCGUGCUCGUGGGUUUCACCGAAGUGGUAAAUGUCUGAGACCUGCAUCACUUCGGGCUUUCUUCCAACAUUAAGCCGACACGCCGCUAUAUAACUGGAAUACUGUUAAAAGCGGCGUUAAACCAAACUCACUCACUCACUCACUCAUGGUCUUAUAGCUCUUGCCAUAAAACAGGGAACCACUGUCCCCUGAGGGGUUGCUGUGGCCUCUUGAUAAUGUGUCCUCUCAGUGGAGGGACAUGAGUGGCCAAGUUGUCUGAGUGACAAUCACUGGGAUUGUAUGUCUUUGCAGGAAUAUUAUCCUCUAAUCGAUGGACAUCAUGUCCCUUGUCAUGUCAUGUCAUGUUCAUGUGCCCAGCAGCUUAUGAUCCUGGGUGGGACCAAAGUUGGAACUUUGUUUGCUGAUUAGCUCUGCACUGGGAAAUAUUCCAGCUAUAUGACAGUGGUCUGUAAAUAAUUGUCUGCACCAGACAAUCCAGUGGUUGACAUCAUGAUCAUCAAUCUACACAAUUGGGAUAUGAUCACCUGUGACAUAUGCUGCUUUGACUUCACCAACGUUGAGCCAGUUCGCCCGUACCUACAUAAUGAAGUACUGUUAAAGAUUGCUUUCUCACACUGUGCCACUUGGUGAGUGGAGUGGAUCUCCAUUUCAAGCUGAGAGCUAUGGGUCGGACACAUUUCAACCGAAUAAAAUCAAAAGCAUCACCAUUGUUGUUCCUACAGUGCUGACAGGGUGCUGUAUUGGUUUCACUCAUGAAACUUAGAACCUUUCAUAACUAAAUUCCUGAUGAAGUUGUACAUUGAUUUAGUUCCUUUGCUCCAUUUUCUAGUCACUAGGCAUGUAUCUGUCCUGUCCUGUCCUUUCUCUCUCAAACUGAGGCUGAUAGGGAUGUAACGAUUCACUGAUUCAACGUUCUUGCAUUCCGAUACUCAUCAAUGUAUUCAGUAAGAAACAAUACAGGUGUGUCUAAGGUUAACUUGUAAAUGAGCAUGGAUAUUUUUUGUAAAAUACUUCUGCUGGCAUAUACAAAAGGUCCAAAGCUGCUGUUACGUCUCACAUCUACGUAGGCUUAUGUUCAUUGUGUGUGAUGAUGGAAUUCGUCUCUGUAACAAAGGUGUCAAAAUCCAUUGUAUCAGGUAGGGAUAGGACAUCUCAACCUUACCAUCGAGAUUUGUGUCGCAUCACAACCUUAUCACCAAGAUGUGUCCCAUUGCAAACUUACCAUCAAGAUGAUAUUGCAACCUUACUAUCAAGAUACGUAUCGUGCCGCCCUUACUAUUGAAAUAUGUAUCGCAUGGCCAGUUGGCAACCGUACUAUUGAGAUAUUUACCGCAUGGCAACCUUACUAUCAAGAUCAUAUCGCAACCUUACCAUCAAGGUAUGUUUCAUAUCGUCCUCACUAUCGGGGUAUGUAUCACAUAGCAACGAAGUGAAUCGUUACAGUCCUUUGAUUAGAAUCCCUUUCCUAGGCAAACUUUAAGAUGUAGAUUGAAUGAAAGACGUUCUCAGAUCAUGCCAGGGCUAGCACUUUAAUGUCUGUUAUUUUAGCAUGUUGCUAAUUACAAAUUGUUUGUUUUGAAUGAUUGUUGCUAGGUGUUGAUGACUUGUCAUGUACAUGUUGACUAUGGAUAACUGUAUAUUUGUGGGAUAAUUUUAUGCAUAUAAAACCCAAUGAAAAAAUAAACUGUAAAUGUGUA